CUUUUAUUUUGACACCAUAUCUACGUCACCCUGUGAGCAGUGCUGCUUCUAGCUUCGGUUUAACAGUAACUGAAAAUUAUCUAGACGUGUUAACUAAGAUUUUUCUGGCACGUUUGAAGAUGGUUUGCGAGAAGUGCGAGAAGAAGCUGGGGCGCGUUAUCACGCCUGAUACCUGGAAAGAUGGGGCUAGAAACACAACAGAGAGUGGUGGUCGAAAGCUUAAUGAAAAUAAAAUGCUGACAUCAAAAAAAGCCAGGUUUGAUCCUUAUGGGAAAUCUGGAUUUUCCACAUGCAGAAUAUGCAAAAGCUCUGUCCAUCAGUCAGGUUCACAUUACUGUCAGGGAUGUGCUUACAAAAAAGGAAUUUGUGCCAUGUGUGGAAAGAAGGUUCUUGACACCAAGAACUACAAACAGACUUCAGUUUGAUUUAUUAUUAAUGGGUUGAUGGAGAAUCAUCUGUAGCUGAGAGGAGGAUGUUUGUGGAUAUCUGUGCUGACUCUUCCAAGUGUUGAGAAUGAUCACUCGAGUUCACAAAAGAGCUUAGUUUGCUGCACUUUGUGGUGCAAAAGGAGUGCACUAAGUUUAUGACUGUAUUUAUAUCAGAUAUAUCCGUGGCAUUUUUCUCUCACUAAACAACCUUAGAGCAAUAUAUUGGCUUGUACUGUUUGGACAAUGUAGAUGCCUUUGAGUACAUUUGCUGGGGAGCAUGUUUUAAAAACGUUCUAAUUCAUUUGAAAACUUUUUGUUUUUUUUAAGUGAAUAAUUUAUCAUUUUUUAAUCCACUAAACAUGACAGUGAUAGGGCUAUUUAAUAAAAAAUAAGUUCUCUUCAUGGCCUAUUUUACUUAUUUAGCCAUUGGAUCUUAGCAAAGUUUAGACUUUCACUUAUAAAUGUUACCUGUUCCCGCAAUUAAAAAAUAUGAAUAUAUUGAUCUUUUUGAAGUUAUAUUUCUUCUUCUGUUGUCAAGGCAUUGUCAUUAUUACAAAAUCUAAUGUAAAUAUGAAACAAAUGCACACUGACAUACCAAUAUAAGACAGCUACAAGUUCAGUGUACAGUUCUGUUUAUAGUCAGUUUCCAUUUCGUAUUCUUCUGCCAUUGUGUCUUUUUGUCAACACUGUUCCAGAUGUUUUCAGGAGAUCUGUUGUUUCCUUUUUUAGUGAUCAUUUGGAAUUUAAUUUCUCUCAGAUCCACACAAUUGUAUAAUAGGGUUUGUAGAUAGUAACUGUUAUAGAUAAUCUUAUUAUAGUAUGUAUAUUUUUAACCUUAUUUUAAGCAAUACUUAGAUUCUGUAUUAUAUAAUUUCCUAAAUAACAAUUAAAUUAAGAAUUGUCCUGGA